AUGGUCGAAGCUAAUAACAAUAUUGAGCCAGUUCAUCAAAAUUUAUUGCAAAGUCAUGACCCAAAGGGUCUACAAGAGAAUAAUGAUAGGAAUACAAUAUGUCAAAUUAUCACUGAUGAGAUUGCGGAAAUAUUGAGUUUGGAAAUAGAUAAAUGUCUAUCCAAUAUUACCGAUAUAACGGUAUCCGGUCUUGUUAAGCAAGUAAUGGGUAAAAAAAUUCAGAUUUCUUACUACCAUUUACUGAAGAUAGUGAAACCCGAGGUUCGUCAAGAUAUUAUGAACUCGAUGGUAAAGUACUGCAAUUCUCGGCGCAUCCCAAGUGAAGACUAA